CCAAUCUAAGUCCCUACCCGCGGCCCCUCAGCGCGCCUCCUCCCUACUCCGGCGCGUAGCCCAUAAGUGGCGGACCAUCCAGAAGGAUCCCGAGCUCAGCCCAGUCGUCUCUCGUCCCGCUCCAACAUCGACCUCAAGGGCAGUCAAGAUUCUGGCCAUAUAAGUAAGACAGUCCGUUAUCUGUGAAUAUGGGCAUGCUUCACUUGGCCCUUGCUAGUAUGGCCCUUCAGUACUCUGGCCUCGCUCAUGAAGGAGAUGCCGUUCAGCCUGCUUUCAUCGGUCACGAAGAUGACGUUCAAUCUCUUUUUGCCGACGAGGAAGAUGACGUGCUUAGUGAUACUGAUUACGAACUACCUAAAGCUCAAGAACUGGCAGGAUUUAUUGAAAAACUGGGCCCAGUGGAACACGAGGAGAGACUAACCUUGAUGAAAGCUUCUUUUGGCAUUCCAUUGGAGCCUCUUCUCGGCCAUGCCUUUCAUCCCCUUCCCGAAUGCUCUAGAGACCAGAAACAUGUUGGGGAUCGAGUUUGGCAUGAGUACUACCGCAUGAAUAGACUUUUAGAAACUAACUUGCCGGCGAUGCGCUACACCCAAUGCAAUGAUCCAAGUGCUGGGCAACAGUGUUUUCAUCGUCCUACCCCUAUUCUACAGAUUUUCAAUGUGAAAGUCCAAACAUGUCUAGCGGAUGUGACCGGUCGAGUCGAGGUGUAUGGGAUUGUUGCUGUCCGUGAUGAUGAGGACUAUUGUCGUAAUUAUCUUUUCAGCCGAUCUCGAGAAAAUCCACUAGAUAUCAGUCUUACGGGUGGCUAUCUUCGCUUGUUGAGCCCUAGAAGAGGCAUGUCCAUGAAAUUUAAUUGCCUGAUUGAAGUUGAUAUUAGGGUGAAAACACUGGGAGAUGAUGGUACAGAAGACAAGACUUUGGCUGAUGGAUGCAUGGAGUUCGUCGAGGGUCGAAUUUAUUACGAGAGGUUCUCCAGAUGCUCUAUGAGCGGUCCAUAUGGUUCUGUGGCUUUUGAUUAUAUUAUUUUUCGGGAGGGUUUUGACUUAACCAUAGAGCUGGACUUGUUGGAAGUACCCGAAGGCGGUUUCAGCAUGCAGAUGUGUGGGUACACCACUGCUCAGAAGAACUAUUAUGCUUUCAUUGACAAGAAUUGUCGUGACUGUGACAGCUUCGUCAGCUCGACCGGGAAAUUCCUGCAGUAUUUUGUGGCAGCUGUGCACAUUGAUGACUACUUUCUCGUGGACUUUGCAGAAGGCAAAUCACCUCUUAUUUUCAAACCAACUAUUCAUGGAAGCGAAGAAAAAGAGUACUCUUUCGAACACGGCGCUCUGGUGUCCGUCAAAGUGUCAUGGUCCACAGUCUGGUACAUCUGACAAUGUAAUGCUUAAGUAGCAGUUUAUGUUUUAGAUCGGCUCUGCCAGACAAACAACAAGAUGGCUGAUCGGCUUCAUGGAGCCAAUAGAAAUUGGUAUGUUGAUAGUGGUGCGACGAACCCACAUCCCCAGCUGAGCUCAAGAAAAUGACAAUGGGAGACAAGUAUUCCGAGCAUGACCAAGUACACACUGCGACUGCGAGUGGAUCAGGAGCGGGCAAUGAAGACAAACUUUCAUCAAGGAAGAUGUGAAGGAGGUCUCUACCCCCUUGUGGCGAGUUCUUCAGGAGCAAGUCAAAAAAUAAGCUAGUCUUUGAAGUCAAUAAGCCAUCUACAUUGAGAUGGCAUAGUCGUUUAGACCACCUCACUUUGCCAAUUGUUAAGAGUGUUCUCAGAAACAAUAAACUUUUGUUAAUGAUGAUAGUGUUGGUUCAGUUUGUGAUUCA